CCUUCAUCCCCGGCUCGUGCUGCCGGACCCGCCCGCUCUCCCCGCCCCAGCCCCCGAUGCUGUUGGGCAUGAGCGCCUGCAGCAGGAGGGCGCUGACCCUGCUCAGCAGCGUGUUCGCCGUCUGCGGCCUCGGCCUCCUGGGCAUCUCUGUCAGCACGGACUACUGGCUCUACCUGGAGGAGGGCAUCGUCCAGCCCCAGAACCAGACGGCCGAGAUCAAGCUGUCGCUGCACUCGGGGCUCUGGAGGGUCUGCUUUCUGGCAGGUGAGGAGCGUGGCCGGUGCUUCACCAUCGAAUACGUCAUGCCCAUGAACAUCCAGCUGACGUCUGAGUCCACAGUCAACGUCCUGAAGAUGAUCCGCUCUGCCACCCCCUUCCCUCUGGUCAGCCUGUUCUUCAUGUUCAUUGGCUUCAUCCUGAGCAACAUCGGCCACAUUCGGCCCCACAGGACCAUCCUCGCCUUUGUCUCGGGGAUUUUCUUCAUCCUGUCGGGUCUGUCGCUGGUGGUGGGGCUGGUCCUCUACAUCUCCAGCAUUAAUGACGAGAUGCUCAACAGGACCAAGGACUCGGAGACGUUCUUCAACUACAAAUACGGGUGGUCCUUUGCCUUCUCUGCCAUCUCAUUCCUUCUCACAGAGAGCGCCGGGGUGAUGUCCGUGUACCUGUUCAUGAAGCGCUACACGGCCGAGGACAUCUACCGACCCCACCCCGGCUUCUACCGGCCCCGCCUGAGCAACUGCUCCGACUACUCGGGGCAGUUCCUGCACCCGGAUGCGUGGGCGCGGGGCCGGAGCCCCUCGGACAUCUCCAGCGAGGCCUCCCUGCAGAUGAACAGUAACUACCCAGCCCUGCUCAAGUGCCCCGACUACGACCAGAUGUCCUCGUCCCCGUGCUGAGCCCCGACGUCCCCGAUGGUCGCCGCGUCCCGACUCCUGUCUGUCGUUUUUUUAGGCCACUCUUUGAGGCCACUUCUCUAUUUAUAGGAGCGUAAAUAUAACCAGGGAGAUCGGUUAUAUAACCAAUAGUGUAACCUAGAGAAUUGGGAUGUUUUCCUUUCUUUGGUUUUUUUUUGGGGGGUUGUUUUAUUCCUCCCCACGUAACUAAAGAUCCCUCCAAAGUCCUCUUCUCUCGGCUCGUCCCGCUGAGCAAACAGCAGUUCUGCCUGGGGGGAUAAAUCCAGGGCUGGACUCCAGAGCAGGAAAAAGAAAAUAGAGUAGAACUAAGAAAAAAAAAAAAAGGUGUAUUUUUUUGGUGUAGGUAAGUAGGCUGCAAAAGUUUGUGCAUUUGACUGUAUCAUUUAAUUAUAUAUUUACUGGCCUAAGUGCCAGCAGGCAUAAAAGAUUGGUGUAACUUUCCAAGAAAUAACCAGCAUUCGAAAAAUAGAAAUUUUGUCUUGAUUGAAUAUUUACUGAUUGAUAUCUCUCAGUGCUGGAUAUCACUUCCAACCAGGCUGUAAUGGGAAAUAGCCAUCCUUCUGGACAAUACCUCAGCAAGCUUGGACACAAGCAGGUUGUUCCUCUAUGGCCACUUGUAAACUGUUGCUUAAAUAUCCCCUAUUAGACUGGAGGCACCCUGGUGAGGUGGCUCUAGCACCCAAAUUUCCUCUGCCAUCCCAUAGGCAGGAGAUCUGAAGAGCAAAUGGGAGAAUUUCAGUGCAGCAUCGAGUGGAAAACAACCUAAACCCUUCCCACAGGAAACAUUAGAUGUAGGAUUUAGGGGGAAUUAUGGCCAGAAGUUGUUGCAGUGAAAGGCAAGAUCCCAAACCAGUGUAAAGUGAUGCAGCUGAAACUUAUGGCACAAGUCCACUGCAGCAAAGUAGUUGGCUUAUAUUUCAUUUUGGCAAGAAAAUGGUAUUUUAGCUGCUUUUUGUGUGUGUGUGUAUGAAACUUAUUUUGAGAUUUUUAAGUUUUGAAACUUCGUCUCAUGCUUUGGCAUUUUGGCCUCAGCCACCUGCCAGGGGAGAGCAUCACCCUGAUGGAAAGCAGGGCAGGGAAGGAGCAGGCUGUGUUCCCUCGUGCUCUCCUGUGUGAGUCCCAUCCUGUCUCCGUGCAAGAGAAAGAGCUUUGUCCAAACUUUAUUUCUGUUCUUGUUAUUUUCAACCUCUGGGGAAAAUUUCAUUUCUGCAAAACGAAACCGUCCGAGGACUCUUGGUAUAUUCGAGCUUGUUUUUUGUCGUACUGUAAUUAAAAGAAAUAGAAUAUACACACUUUUAAUCUCAUUUGUAGCA